AACAAAACAAAUAGAAAUAAAUAUAGACUUAAAAUAUACAAGUAACUAAAUAUUAUAAAAAAAUUCACAUAUCUGUUUCUUUGCAGAGAUGGACUUUGGCUAUGAUCACUUAUGAGUAAGAUUUUUCAUUAAAAUAAUGUCAAUUUAAGGUGAAAACAUGGUUUUAUCAGCUGUCAAUGUGGUAUGCAUAUUAUAUUAUGCGAGCUUUGCAAUAGGUCAAUAUAUUCCAGACAAAGGUGAUGUGAACACACUCUACAGGUCCAGUCCUUCUUGGUAUGGUUUUUUUCCACCACCAAAUGCAGUGAAAAGCACAUGGCCACAGAACAGACGUACAAGUAAAGAACUUAAAAGAACAAUUGCUAAAAAGCCCAAUCUUGCUAAAAAGCCCAAUCUUGCGCAAUUAAAAGCAAAUAACAUAAAACGUUGGAUGCCCCAUCCUCAAUUACCGAGGCCUUGGGUGGCACCAAAGGUAGUAGAUAAACGUUGGAAGUCUGUUCUACCACCUGGAAAAGCGUGGAUGCAGAAAGCAGUAAUUAAUAAAAGAUGGGAUCCACAUCUGCCGCUUAGUAAACCAUUGUUGGCACCAAAAAACAUUUAUAAACGUUGGGGACCAAAAUUUAUGAUAGUAGAAAAUAAACCUGAAUCGAUUCCAACGUCGGAUUUGAUAAAAAAUGCAAAAAUGGUUGCUUUCUAUCCAACUGCACCGGAAAAUACGCUGGAAAAUUCACCGGAAAGUACGUCAGAAAAUACACUAGAAAAUGUACCGGAACAUGCACCGGUAGUCAGCUUGAAAUCCGCGGUACAUUUUCCCGCACAUGGUAAAGAAACGACGGAAAGUAAUUUGUACUCAGAAAAAAGUGCGUUGGGAAAGAUAGAAAGUAGCAAAUACUCACCAACCAAUGAGAUCUACAAGACUUUCGUUAACACGCCACCAAUUAUACCAAAUAAGGCAAAACAUUCGAGCGAUAUAGCUGACUUUUAUGCGAAUAAGCCAAUCAGUAAGCCAACACGCGAUUUUAUUAAAAGGACAGACAGAACAAAAGAGAUAGUAGAAAAGCCAUCUAAGAUUGAUAGCACUAAACGAAUCUUACCUUCCUCGCCAAAUCCUGAAUUGGAAAAGCUAGCAUCGAACUUUUUAAAUACCCUUUCAUAUAAACGCUUUAACGCGAUGGAGUACAUGAAAUCAAAUAAGGACUACGCAUCAAACAUGUACAAAAAACUACUCGAAGGAGGAGAGAGCAACGACGAAAUCACUGAAAAUUUUCACCACGCUGCUGAUAAGGUUCCCGAAAGAAACAUCAUAAAAUCAAAGGAAAAUAACGAACCGUUUCCGAAUUACGUGAGGGAAAGAGAAGAGUUGAUCAAGAAGUACAUGCAACAACAAGGAGCUGAAAAGGAGUUACUGAACAAACGUAUAAAAGCUAUACGUGAUAAAGCGAUCGAGAAAUACAAAGAACAUCAUGUGGAGAACUCUCACCUAGCUGCAAACGCCAAACCAAACAGCAUGCGAAAUAAAUCCACGUCUAAUACGCAGAAUGUGAAGAAUUCUAAAAAUUCAAACUAUUCUAAAAAAAUAUCUCCCACGAGUCAUUUAGAUGCGGAAGAAAGUUCCAAACACGGUGCGAGUAUUAACGCCGAACAGCUUCUUUAUAGCCGUCCUAAACUUCAAAUUGGUGAAGAUUUGCAUGGUCGUAACGAGCACGAGGUGUCGCGUGAGAAUGAAACGUUGACCAAAAGUGAUAUUUUGGAACUAGAAGAAAAAGUUCGCAAGUAUAAAAGCAAUAUGGAGUCAGAGCCAAAACAGUAUAAGAUUAAAGUUAAAGGCGGAAUCACGACAGACGCAGUUCCAGAACCAUCUACCGACGAUGUGAAGAUGAAACCAACGGAACCAAGCCAAGAAGAAUCGGCAGAAAAACCCACAUCAUCUAGUGAAGAAUCAGUUCUUGCUACGAAACCAAUCAUACCAAAUUUUGAAAAACAAAGGCCACACAAGAAGCCUUUUGUUAAAGCACAAAAACAGCCAGCAUUCACGCAACAAGUCGCUCCGUCAAUUUCGCAAAUUCAGUCGAUGCAACAGCAACACAAGGAUUUUUCUCAACACGAAAUAACAACAGAAGGACAAGGAAACAUUGUAGCUGGUCAAACUUUAGUUAAACCAUUCGCUUCCGCCCAAAAACCGCAAACACCUGCAGAGGAAAGAAUCAGGAAACCAUUAGCUUCUGAUAUUGCUGCACCCUUAACGGCAGAAACUACCCUUUCUCCAGCGAAAGGGCCAUUUAUUGGAAGCGCCAGCACUAACGCAGCAAGUGCACCGAUGCAUCAAGUAAAACCAUACACUCCAGAGAAGCCUAUUCCACCUGAAGCAAAAGUUGUACCCCAUCCAAAUGAAAAUAUACAAAACAACUACCCAGGUCACUCGGAGAACGCACCUAUCGUUAAACCAAUAUCCUCUCUUCCUGUCUCUCCUCAAACUCCCAUGUCAUCAACCACCAAACCAGUGGGUGCUCCGUCAGAAACAAAUACCCCUAUCUCACCGAGCUCGUCACCAAUCCUUCCGUCAGAAGGAGGAACUCCUUCAGUUGUGCCACUCAAAAGUACCAACCAAAAAGUACAGGAAUUAAAGCUUUCAUUAAAUGGAAUCGGAAAUCAAAACCCAGUUAUGCAAUCUAGGCGUCCUCCUGCUGAAUCUUGUACAGAUAAUGCGUGCGAAGGAAACUUGUUAAAAGACAUGAAGAAUAAGUUGAUGGAUUUAUAUGAUAAGUUGUUCCUAAGAGGAGGAAAUCACGCUGUAGAAAUCUAUUCCACUGGUUGUAAAGGAAAAGAUUGCUCACGUGCUGUUGGCAAAAUCAAAUUCGAUGGUAUGCUAAUAGGUGGUGGUAUGGAAGGAAUGAAUAUUGUCGUUCUAGGAUACCCUGGUUACGAGUUUCUUUUCUCCAAAACCUACGGAACCGGAAAGGAUCCUAUGGAAGCUGCAAAGAUGUUAAAGUUCUUAUCAGGUUUAAAAGCUCCAUGUGUGAUAUUGAUUGUGGCGCAAGGAGAUGCUACUUCUGCCAUGACAGAUGGAGCAUGGAAUAUGCUGGCUGAUUUAGGCUCUCGAGGAAGUUUCAUAAAAUCCGCCGGUGCUUCUCUAGCUUUCGUUGGAUAUAAAGGUAUCGAUGUUCUACCAUGGACUCAAGUUAAUCAACGAAUUGCUGGAGAUGGAACGAGCGCAAUCUUUGCAAUUCUUGGAUCUGACAAUGAAUACAUAACUUUUGGUGGAUCAGGUCAAACGCUAACAGCGCAUGUUAAAGAAAUACUAUCCGACGAAGCUAUCAAUGCUGACGCAAGACAACACUCAAAUAAGACGCAGUUGAACGAACAAAACGCGCCCGAAAAGCAAGCACUUAAAAACAAAGGAAUAACAAAAUUCCAUUCGGAUAUUUCUAAUAAUUUUGUGAAGGUUCCAUUAGAAGCAGAGGCAGAAAAUGAGCCAGCCAGCCCUACUGAAGAUUCGCUUAGCAAACACGAAAGCUCUAACUACAACAAAGUUUAUUCGAAGAGUGGGACAGAUCUCAGUAGCACACAACCAACAGCAAAAAUUCAUAACUUUGCUACACCUGCAAUCGAGUUAAAAUCAAUGGGGACUGAAUCUGCAAGCACAAAAACAUCAGAAAGCAUCGUAUCCAUUCCUGUUGCUGCCGAAGGAGAUCAAAAUAAAACUGAAACUGUCCAAACAUAUGAAAUUCUUGAAAGCAAUAGUUCCCCAACUGAUCGAUCUUUUGAAGCCGGUUUGUCUGAUUCGGACUCGGAAGGGUCCGGAAAUAAAACAGUAGAAGAGCCAAAAGAAGUGAAAAUACUUGGUAAGCACCAAGAUGGGGUCAAACUUCAAAAUGGUGAAGAAGAGGGUAGCAAAGGUGCAAGCUAUAAUGGGGAGGACAGACAAAAGGUAAAUAUAAAAAUGCCAAAGAAUACAACAGAAGAUGAAAAAGUAAAAGAGCAUGAAGAUCAUACUGAAUCUGUACAUAAUACUACAGAUCAUCAUCCAGAAGUAUCACCGGAACAUUCACCGGAACAUGCUCCGGAACACUCAAUGGAACAUCCACCGGAACACUCAAUGGAACAUCCACCGGAACACUCAAUGGAACAUCCACCGGAACACUUAAUGGAACAUCAUAGUCCUAACCAGCCUUUUGUUGGUCGUGUCAUAAACACCGGUCAAAUAAAUCCGAGACCGAUGAUGCCUAAUCAAAUAUAUCGUCCACAUUCACCGGAAUUGGAUGGUCAUUCCGGAGCACAAUUGUAUUUACCAACACAUCCUGGCAUCGCACCGCAUCAUCCACCUAAUGGUAUGGACCACAUGCUUGGACCCUCUAUUCACACACCUGUAGAAGAUCAUGUAAGCUACCAUCGCCCAAUGACAUCAGAGGUUCAUUCUGACGACCAUGUCGUGGAAGUUCAUCCGGUUGCCGUAAAUAAUAACGAACACGGCUCCGUCAUUGCUGUUACAACUCUCCCAAUGGUGAACAACAUGCAUGACUCUCCCGUAUCUGUUCAUAAUAUAGAUGGAUAUGAUGGGCUGGGGGGAAGCCAUCACUCUGGCUAUAUGAACAAUCAUAACGAAGAAAAUCAUCACGACAACCACCACAUACCAAUCCUAAACAUUCCACACCCAUACGUUAUACAGUCAAACACACCAAUUGAACCACAUCAUGAGGACGGUCAUGAACUAGCACAUGAACCUGAACAUCAUAUGCCAGAACCAGAAAUACAUCACCCACCACACGAAGAACAUGAAACACACGAAGAAAAUCAUCACGAAGCUCAUGAGAAGCCAAUGAAACCUGAUAAUGAAACAGAAAGCGAGGAAAAGAACGAGAGAAAGACACCUGCUCCCCUAACGCCUGAUAUACAGGCUAAAUUAAAAGAGUUGCUCGCGGAAGAGCUGUCAAAGAAACUGAAAGAACUUAAAAUUUCUCCUGACGCUGCAUUAAAAGGGACAAAUGAAAAAUUAGAAAAUAAUGCUGCAGCUGAAACGACUGUUAAACAAGAACGUAAAGACUCAGAUACGUCCAAAAGUUCCACAAACUCCUUUAUAACGAUUAAAGAAGAAAACAAGGAUUCUGAAACAGCAAUAGGUGAAACUAGAGAGAACCACCAAUUGGGAGAAAGCAGUUCAGACGAUUCACAUAACAAUGUUGCUUUAGAAAAGAUGGAACAUUUUGUACAAGGUCAAGAUGGCGACUUUGCAGAUACUCAGGAGUUGAAGAAUAAGAAGGCUACCAAAUAUGCUAAUAAAAACGGAAAAUCAUCUGAGAGAGAAAAGGAACCUGAAGAAUCUAGAGAAUAUGGUACAAUCAAGGAAGAAGAAGAAAAAGCAGAAAGUUCUGGGGAGAAAGAGCUGGAGCAUGGACAAAGUUCUGACAAAUUAAAGGAUUCUGAAGAGUCUAAAGACUCUGUGGAGACCGACAAGUAUGCGACAAUGAAGGAAGAAAAGGAAAAAUCAGACAAAACCAAAACUGCUAAAUUAAAAAAACUAACCGCUGAAAUCUCUAAAUAUGCAAAGGACAUGGCAAAGUCAAAUUCAAAAGAGCAUGAAGAUUCAUCGAAGGAAAGUGCUGAGGAAAAUUCAGAAAAAAAGAAGCAAUCUGAAAAAGAAUUAGAAGACUCAAACGUAACAACAUCGUCAACCGAUUCAACUAAAUUUGAUAAUGGAAAAUUUGACAGUUAUCCAAAAGAGGAAGAAAACUCAGAACGUCCCAAACCUGUAAAAAUUGAUAAAUCAAGAAACUCCACGUUGGAUGCAAACAAUAAACUAAAAUCUAGUAAGCAAUUUAAAGGACCAGAAAAAAAUCUGGUCAAAGAUAGUGAUGGUGGUAUCAAAAAUGGUCCAGGACUACAUAAUGGCGAGCCUCGCAAGAAUUAUAUGGUGGACACACAGGAGGAAUUCCCAGAUGAUACAGAAAAAACAGAAACUAAGCCAAAACAAAAAAGUAAUCUAAAAUCAGUGGAGGGUUUAUCCGAUGUGUCGGAAAUGCUUGGUAACACUGCUACGACCAACCGAAAUAGUAGUCCAAUAGCGGCCGAGCAUGCUGGAACAGACAAAAGUAGUGUAGAUUCUUGUAAAAGAUACCGAGUGUUGAAAAAUGGGAAAAAGAUAAAAUUGAAUGUAAAGAAGGGAUGCAUAGAAAAGACUACAGUUAAAAAACCAAAAGUACAACCCCUACCAGACACUACUGAGGCCGUCACAGCCCUAUCAAUGAACCCUGGAUAUUCGACGCUACCAGGGGCCGAAACACGACUUUCAAAUCGCGAGGUUUCAUAUUACUUUGACAAUAAGGAUAAAGCAAGCGUGCCAUCAUUUAAAGACAAUGUCUACGCAGAUAACAGUAAUAUAUACGAUCAAGGAGAUUAUGUCAACACGGCUGAAAGUAUUCUACAGAAGGACGUUAGCGACGCUUACAAUACAGCGAAUGAUAUUAUCAACGCUGAAGAAGCUAUAGAUAGAUCGAAAUCGAUACGAAAAAAGAAAACGUUAUACAAACGAAGCAGAAGAUUGAGAUAUCCACACGACAAAAAGACGAAAAGAACCAAACUAGCGAAAAGAACAUCAGAAACGAAAUUAGACGCCGCACUUAGUGAAAUUCCAUUUCAAUGGUAGAAAAAUAUUACGUCGAAGUAAAUUUAGUUGGUGUGCCAGUCGAGACUUGAAUCGUAAAAUAAUGAAAAAAAACGGUUCAUUUCUUCCAGAGAAAGAAGUCUGCAUAGUUCUGUCAAUGCCAGAUGACAUUUCGCGCUAAGUGACGACAAAAUAAGGACGAAGUGAUGACAUUUCAAAGUGGUGUGUGCAACGAGUGGUAGAAGCCUAUUUACUAGCCGGUAGUAAUAAAGAAUUAGAAGAAAGAACUGUAUUCUUGGUUUAGAGAAAUAUUAAUAUUUUAAUUUAACUUUUAAUUAUUUUAAUUUCAAUUUGUAUAUAAAUAAACCGUGUUUACAGUUGUAUUAAUAUAACAGCCACUUAAA